UGUAGAGCUAGAUCCCGAAUUCACAGUCCACUACUUUGAUUUUGUCAAGAUAACCAUGACCUUGGGCCAACAAAUCAUCUUGUCAGAUAUCCUCCCACCAAAAGCUUUUGAUACAAAUGAAACGACUACGUUUGGUGUGUAUAUUACUAUGCUUAUAGUCGGACCACAUAUGUUCAUGUUCUGUUUUUGGAGUCCAGGUACUUUUGAAAAGUCAAUUAUGUAGGUGGACUUUUUGUGGGCUUCUUUACUCACAGUUGGCAUAUUGCUUUGUAAGUAAUCAUUCUCUGGCAACUUAAUUAAAAAAUAUAUAUAUAGCUGCUAAUUUUGGAAGUCCUUAGUGUUAUUGCUUUACAUGUUGGCAACACACAACAACAGAAGGAAGAAAAACUACACGUCUGGAGCUCAAGUUGACCCAGUCUAAAAUUGCAACUGUUCGUCACUUGAGGUAAUCUUCUAAACUGCCAACUCCUAUCAGAUAGGAUGCAAGAUGCACUUUUUUUUUAAGAAGUCAAAGUUCUUCCUAAACUUGCUGAUUUUCAACUUUCACUUCUGCUUUUUUUUUUGGGGGGGGGGUAGAGAUUGUGACAGUUAAUGUCUGCUUUGGUUUCCUUUGUAAAAGUUCAAGCACAGUUUAUGAGUUGGAUGAAAAGAUAAUUUGUUGGGUAAAUAAAUUUGGCAAAAUUGAGCACUUCUGUUCCACUUCCAGGUUAUCAUUUAUCUCGCAAAGGGGCACCAUGUUCCUUUUUCAGAUGAGUUACAUUGAGGAAAAAGGAAGGAAAAACCUUUUAUUAAUCAGCCUAAUAAAUCGGAAGGUUGUGACGCGUUAAAUAGUGUAACUGCUCCUAAAGUUUUUGUUUCAGUUAAGAGAAAGCCACAAGUUAUUUUAGUUGUUGUGACGCCAUACCCUGGAGGCUGAAGAUUGGGUCUUAUUUUGAAAAGAGGCAGCUGGUUUGACUUCAAUUGGUUCAAUUGGUGGUCUGUUGCUUUAAAUUUUUCUGGCCCAGAGGAUAUUUAUAUACAUUUCUCAUUUUAUUUAAUAUAUUUCUUUUUUUCUUCUCCUUCUCCUCCUUUUUUCUCUUCUUCUGCUUCUCCUUUUCCUCCUUUUCUUUUCCUCUGCUUCUCCUCAUUCAUCUUUGUCGUCCUCCUCUUCCUCCUCCUCUUCUUCUUCUCGCCCUGUGAGAUCAACUUCAGUAAAUCUUCCUGAACUUGGACCAAAUGUUGUGGAUCCUCAACGAGGGACGCCCCUGAUCACAACUUUAGUGGACUAAAACAGCAUUCGUGGAAUCGAGUCCAGCGCAGAAAGUGUUGUGAUCAUCGUGUGAAAAUGUGUACAAGAACGACAGGAGAGUACAAGGAAGAAGUUCGCGGACCAAAGAAGGAGCAGGAGCCACAACGGCAACUACUGGACGCUUUGUUCAAUCUGCAGCCUCUGAUUGUGCUACGCAGAGCAGACAUCACUGAAAAUCUUCGUCCGGAAUGGCAGCAGUCAGUGUCCUGUCACAUGAAAAUAGAAAAGGGGGGUGAAGAGGUUCAAUGCAUCAAAGAGGAGGAGGAAGAAUUCCUACACAUCGAGGAGAACAAGCAGGAACUCAUCCAGCUUCCAUCCACUGGUGUCCAUUUGAAGAGCGAAGAUGCUCAAAGCGAGGAGAGACGAGGGAUAGAGCCUCCAACCACGAACCGCUCAAGUCAUGGAGACCACUGUGGAGGAUCACAAAUUGAUGAUGAUGAUGAACACUCAGACGGGGACAUGACGUGUCACGCUGCCAACAAAUGUUGGCAAUGUUCUCAUUGUCGGAAAGCUUUUGCUUCUGUGUGGAAUUUCAAACAACACAUGAAAACACACACCGGAGAGAAGCCUUUUGCGUGCUCAGUUUGUGGUCAACGAUUCACUCGUGAGGAAAACCUAAAAAGACAUAACAGAACUCACAGUGGAGAGAAACUUUUUUCGUGCUCAAUUUGUUGUCAAAAAUUUACUCUGAAGGGAACAUUAGAAAGACACAUGAGAACACACCCAGAUGAGAAACCAAUUUCCUGCUCAGUAUGUGGUCAAAGAUUCACUGACAAGAGUAUCUUAAAAAUACACACAAGAACACACACUGGAGAUAAACCUUUUUUCUGCUCCGUUUGUGGUCAGAGAUUCACUCAUAAAGGAAACUUAAAAAAACACACAAGAAGACACACUGGUGAGAAGCCUUUUCCUUGCUCGGAUUGUGGCCAAAGAUUCUCACAGAAGGGAAGCUUAAAAAGACACACAAGAACACACACUGGUGAGAAGCCUUUUUCCUGCUCAGAUUGUGGCCUAAAAUUUUCUGACAAGAGUCACUUAAAAAUACACACAAGAACACAUACUGGAGAGAAACCUUUUUUCUGCUCCGUUUGUGGCCAAAGAUUCACACAUAAGGGAAACUUAAAAAAACACACAAGAAGACAUACUGGUGAGAAGCCUUUUCCCUGUUUAGAUUGUGGCCAAAAAUUCUCUGACAGGAGUACAUUAAAAACACACAUAAGAACACACACUGGUGAGAAGCCUUUUUCCUGCUUAGUUUGUGGCCAAAGAUUUACUCUGAGUGGACAUUUAAAAAGACACACAAGAACACACACUGGUGAGAAACCGUUUUCCUGCUCAGUUUGUGGCCAAAGAUUCUCUGACAAAAGUAGCCUAAAAAUUCACACAAGAACACACACUGGAGAGAAGCCUUUUUUCUGCUCCAUUUGUGGUCAGAGAUUCACUCAUAAGGGAAACUUAAAAAUACACACAAGUACACACACAGGUGAGAAAUCGUUUUCCUGCACAAUUUGUGGUCAAAGAUUCAUUCGGAAGGGAUCUUUGAACAUACACACAAGAACCCACACUGGUGAGAAACCGUUUUCCUGCUCAGUUUGUGCCCAAAGAUUCUCUUAUAAGGAUGUUUUACAAACACACACAAGAACACACACUGGUGAGAAGCCUUUUUCUUGCUCAGUUUGUGGUAAAAGAUUUGCUGAGAAGGGAACAUUAAAAAUACACACGAGAAUGCACACUGGUGAGAAACCUUUUUGCUGCUUAGUUUGUGGGCAAAGAUUUAUUCAGAAGGGAAACUUAAAAACGCACACAAGAAAGCACACUGGUGACAAACCUUUUUCCUGCUCAGUUUGUGAUCAAAGAUUUUCCUCUAAGUAUCAGGCUCAGACACACAAGUGUGCCGGUAGGAAAAGCUGUGAUCAAGAAGCUGUUCGUGUAAAUGUGUGAAUUGAAAGUAAUUACAGUAUUGUUAGUGACUGACAAUCAACAUUCUUGUAGUCUGAGUUCCAACUUUUAUUAUAUCUUCGUCCCAUAACAAAGGUCUCUUGUCCCCAAACAGCAGUUGAUCUGAUUCGAGCUUAUCUGAUCCCUAAAAGCUAAAAUAUUGGCCUAUUAAUUAAAAAAAAUAUAUAUACAGCAUUUUCUGAGCCGCUUAGCCUCACGAUCACACCUUGGGGCAAUUUGGAUUCUGAAUGCAUGUUUUUGGUAUGUGGGAGGAAACCUACGUAGGCAUGGGGAGAAUAUGGAAAAUCCACACCGGUGGGGCCGGAUUUUAACCCUGGUCCUCGGAACUGUGAGGCCAACACUCUACAGCUCUUCCACCAUGCAGCCCCUGCCCCACAUAUAUCAAAUAGAUUUCCCCUAAAAAAUGUGACUUAGACUCCAGUGCGAUUUCUCUUUUUCCCUCUUUAUUAUCUAUUUUUUGGCAGGUGCGACUUCAACUCUGGAACAAUUUAUAGUCUGGAAAAUACGGUAAUUAAAAUAUUAGUUGAGUUAUUAUUAAGAUUCCUUGAAUAGAAAUGUCUGCAUAUAUAUUUAGUGAUGAUUGUUCACAGUUUUGGGACAUGAAACCGUGUUUCUUGAAUUCAUGCAUUAGGCUUGUCAGUAUGCGUUAAUUCCCCGCCAUUUUUUUUGGUGUCAUUUUAAUGCUCCAUACCUUACGGAUGCGGAUGAUUGCUUCAUGUUGUGUUCUUCGCUUCAGUUUGCUUGUAUGACACAUUCAGACACAGUCAUCGGUGCUGUAAACUUGGCAAGCGGCGAGGCUUCCUCUUUGCAAAGCAUCAACAUUCGUUCCCAGACUAGUUCAGCUGUCCCAGCCUUGAGCUUUCGGGCGAAGGUGGCGGAUUUUGGAAUGCCCGCAUCUUCCGCCUCAUUUUCUCGUCUAUCGGUGCAAACUGCACUGACUUCUGAUGCAAUCAUGCCGCAUGAAACACGCAACAUGGGAACUUAGCAUAAUGAUGACAUCCAUCUCCAUCCCAAUCCAUAAAUUUUUCCAUUUAUGCACAGUAAACUUAUGAUUGAAUAAUUUUGGAGUGCUAGCUGUUGUUUAAGUGUUUCAACAAUACACGACCAACUUAAACAAAGCCGUUUUUGGAAACUCAAGCAAGCUGUAAUUUUUUCUUUUUUAAAUUUCCUAUAAAGUUGUAAUUUUGAAGGUGAUGGGAGUCCAUCUAACAGCUAUGAUAGAUGAAAUAUGAUCAAUUAAUUGCCACCUCAUAGAAUGCAUCUUGCUUACACCAGUCGUGCCAGUGUUUUUUAAUCUUCAAUAUUAUUUUCAAAGGGAAUCAGUUAUUUACCAGUUGCUCGAAAAUAUAUAAAUUUUCUUGAGCAUGCAUGUAUUUUGUCCAAUGUUUCAUUUUUGUCAAUAUUAAAUUAGUGAAUAAUUGAUUGAAACACUGGAAUGAAACUGGCUUUUGAUGGUAAAGUGUAUAUGGGAUUCUUAAUAAAAUACACUGAGGCUGACUCCAUUUUGUUUGCAAAUCAAAUCCAUCUUCUCCAUUGAAAAGAACUUUAAUGCCUUUAAUCUAAUAAAAACCCUCCAAAAUCAAAAUGCUGGCAACAAAAUGCAAGAAAAGGCCCAAGCGACAAGGACGAAGUGUGAAAACUCUUCAGCUGGGUCACUGGGCAGCAACUCAUAU